UCUUGGAAAGCGUGCAGGGGAAAACAAGUGAAAAUAGUCAUAACUUCUGUUCCUUUCGUUAGGCACCAAUCCGACAUGGCAGCGAAGCAGGUUUUCGUCGAUGGGCAACGCAAUCCACAGGCUGGAGAUACAAGUACCGCUAACAGAAGUGUCUUGGUUAAAAACCUAUCGCCCUCGACAAGCAAGGAGGCGAUAAUCAUUUACUUUCAGCGGCGAAAAAAUGGUGGAGGCGAAGUUGACGAUGUUCGCUUACUAAGCGAAGGUGUUGCAGUUGUUACAUUUGACAAAGACGAAGUUGCGGAAUCUGUUUUGAAAAGGGCACACAACAUAGAUGGUGUCCAGGUCACAGUGGAACGAAAUGUUCAAACAUCAAACCAGGUGUUUGGCAAAGUGGCCGGCCGUCUCAAUCCACAAUCAUUAGGUUUGAGUUUCUCCAGCUUGGAAGAAAUUCUACAAUCAAUCAAAGACGAAACAGGGGUAGAGUGGCAAACGAUAUUUGACGGCUUUGUGGUGUCUGGAACAUUUGAGCAAAUUACAAAAGUCCACAGCUUGUUACAGAAAACUAAACCGAUCAAAACUCAUCAGAGAAAGAGGGAAACUGUGCAAACAGACUGCAAAAGGUCAGUGUUUGGCGAUCCGAAGGCUAUGGGACAGCCUCCCCAAAUUGAGACAAAUUUAACUAAGCCAGCCAUCGGCCGAAAGAACCCCAGCAUUGACAGCAACUUGACAGGGAAGGCAAACAUGAGGGAUUCUCAAGGACGAGGAUUGAAUCACCGGAUGAACAUGGUAAACAGCAAGGAGACAUACAAUGGAGGGGACAAAUCAGUACACCUGGAGUCAUUUAUUGAUGGUUCCGUCGUACCUUCGUUCGAAUUCUCAGGCGCUGAGAGCACACUCAGCAGAAAGCAGAAACAUAAGUCAGAGAAGUCAGAAUUCCAAAGCAGUGAUAGAUAUCAAGCAGAAGAUUUAAUAGCGACAGCGGGGAGCAAAAAGAAAACAGAUGAAGCUAGGAAACUUGAAAAUGAAUUUAAAAAUUCUCAAAUUCUAGGAGUAAAGGAACAAAGGUCAAGCAGGGAAGGAGCAGAAACGUUUAGAGACCCUGGAAUUCCAAAUAUGAUGGCACAAAGUGAUACACGUCUAGCAGACAUUGAUAUCAAAGGAAAACACAAAGAGGGCAAAAGACUGCCUAAUAACAAUUUCCAGCCUAGUACUGUUGACAAACGUAUCGAUACCCAAGGUGAAGCCCCCAUCCAAGACGUAUCAUUUCCAAAAAAUAGCGAGGAAACUGAUCUAGAGACCUCUGAAUCCUAUGCAGAGAAGAAAACUAUCGUCGAGGACCCAAAUAAUAGAACAGAUAGUGCAGGACUAGUUACGAAGGAGGUUUCUAGUGAUGCUGUGGGGUCAGCCUUACGGCUAGCUUCAUUUUCCCGUGGCAUACCGAUUGGGAGCAAACAUAAAAAUCAAGAGGAAACAAACCCAUUCGAAACUCUCCCGAAAAACGCUCACGAAGAAAAUAACAAUGGGCAAAGGAUAGUCAGAGAGAACGGAAACCCUUCUCAAGACAAUGGACGAAAAGCCGUAAGAAAUCGCCGCAAUGAGGAAAACGGUAUGAUUGAGGCGCCACAGCGAAAUGAACUCUGUGAGAGACAAACUCAUCCGCUAUCAAACAGUCCAAAAAGUCCGGAUGAAAACAUACGAGAACCGGAGUCCUCGACAGGUUUGACGAAGGGCAACCAUAUUAAGUUCUCCACGGAAACUGGUAUCACCGUCUUGCUGCUUAAGGGAGACAUAACGAGCCAUAAUGUAGACGUUCUUAUUUGCCCUGCCAACCCAUCACUCUGUUACCAAGAAGGGCUGUCAAAGGAGAUUCAAGAGAAAGGGGGUAGAUCUGUAAAAGAUGAUUGCCAUAGGAUCACUCAAGGCCAGGAAAUGCCAAAAUUUGGUGAGGCAUAUUUUACUAGAGGUGGCAAUUUACCUUGCAAAGCUAUCCUUCAUGCUAUUCUUCCCCGAUGGACCGACGAUCAGGAGGAGAAGAAAGAAGUGCAGCACCAAAUCCACGUUUGUCUAAAAUAUGCGCUGACUUUGGCAUCUGAUCAAAGACACAGAUCGGCUGCUUUUCCCCCAUUAGGACAAGAAUGGAAUCCCAUUCCAGUGUGUGUGUCAGCAAAGAUAAUCACCCGUGUCAUUGCUGUGUGUAGCAAAGGAGCUGAUUCAUUGCACAGUGGAGUAACUGAUUUUCAUAUACUAUGCGAAGAGGACGCCACUUUCGGUGUGUUUGCCAAAGAAUUGAAAGAAUUCUCAUUUCGAGACAAACAGGGACCAUGUUUCAUGAUCCUGGAGUCAGAGAACAAAGCAGUGGCAUCUCAAAGCACUAGAAUCAGCGGCAGUGGUCGCAAAAAAGACGAUUUCUCUUCGGUAAAACGAACACCCGUUCAGGAAAAACAAAGUGCUAUUUUGGUACCUGCCUCCGAAACGGAUUCAUCCCCACAGCCAGUCUCACUUAAUCAUGGCACAGAGAGUGGAAUCGAUCAUCAAAAUCACGAUGGUGAUGAUUUCAGUAGGCUCGGGAGGGGCAAUGAGAGGGAAAAUACUUUUCUGGAGAAUGAAGAAGAAGCUGUCAAAAAUCACUCCAACGGCGAAAAAAACUUUAUUGAAGCGCCACACCAAAAGGAUUUCUCUAGGGAAAAAGCUUACCCACAAUCAAAGAGCCCAAAAUCAGAUGAACAAAUGAAAGAGCAAGAGUCCUCAACAAAUUUGAUGAGGAACAACCAUACUAGGUUCUCCACGAAAACUGGUAUCACCGUCAUGUUGCUCAAAGGAGACAUAACGAGCCAUAAUGUAGACGUUCUUAUUUGCCCUGCUGACCCAUCACUCUGUUACCAAGAGGGGCUGUCAAAAGAGAUUCAAGAGAAAGGGGGUCAAUCGUUAAAAGAUGAAUGCCAGAGGAUUACACAAGGCCAAAACGCGCUGAAAAUUGGCGAUGCAUUUUUCACUGAUGGUGGUAACUUGCCUUGCAAAGUUGUCCUUCAUGCUAUUCUUCCCUAUUGGUCCAGCGAUAAGGAGGACAAGAAAGAGGUGAAGCGCGAAAUUCACGGUUGUCUAAAACAUGGGCUGACUUUGGUAUCAGGACACAGAUCGGUUGCAUUUCCGCCAUUAGGACAAGAGUGGAAUCCCAUUCCAGUUCAUGCGUCAGCAGAGGUGAUCACUCGUGUCAUUGCUGCGUUUUGCAGAAGCGUUGGCUCAUUGCACAGUGGAGUUAGUGAAUUCCCGAUAGUGUGUGAGGAUGACGCCACUUUCAGUGUAUUUGCCAAAGAACUGAAAGGACUUUCACUUCCAGACACACAACAGCCAUAUUUCGUGGAGGCUGAGAACAAAACAGUCCCGUAUCAAAGUAAUAGAAGAUGUGGAAGUGGACCCAAAACAAAAGAAUCAUCUUCACUGAAGGGAAACCUCUGUAUGGAAAUUAAAAGUGCUACCUUGUUGCCUGUCUCUAAAACGGAUUCAGCCUUACAGUCCGCUUUAUUUUCUCAUGGCACAGAAAGUAAAAGCAGCCAUCAAACUCUAGACGAAACGAAACCUUGUGAAUCUCUCCCGAAAAAGCAACGUGUGGAUGAGAACAGCAGGCUCAGGAAUGUCAAAGAGAAGGAAAAUACUUCUCUGGGUGAUAGAGGAGAAGCCGUAGGAAAUACACCCAAAGACGAAAAAAGUUCGAUUGAAGCGCCACAGCAAAAUGAAAUAUGCGAAGAAAAAGCCAGCCCAGAAUCAGAGAGCCCAAAUUCAGAUGAAAGCAUUGAAGAUCUGAAGUCCUCAUCAAGUUUGAUGAAAAACGGCCAUAUUAAGUUUUCUACAGAAACUGGUAUCACCGUCAUGUUGCUUAAAGGAGACGUGACAAGCCACGAUGUAGACGUUCUUAUAUGUCCUGCUAAACCAUCGCUUUGUUACAAAGAAGGAAUGUCAUGGCAGAUUCAAGAGAGAGGGGGUAGACCUGUAAAAGAUGAAUGCCUUAUGAUAACUCAAGGACAAAAUACGCUGAAAUAUGGUGAGGUGCAUGUCACCAAUAGUGGUAAUUUACCUUGCAAAGCUCUCCUUCAUGCUAUUGUGCCCCUAUGGACCGACGAUAACGAGGAUAAGACAAAACUAAAGCGCCAAAUCCAUGCAUGUCUUAAAACCGGACUGCUGUUGGCAUCAGGACACAGGCACAGAUCGGUCGCUUUCCCCCCAUUAGGGCAAGAGUGGAAUCCCAUCCCAGACCAUGUAUCAGCAGAGGUGAUCACUCGUGUCGUUGCUAAGUUUAGUAGAGGCAUUGGCCCAUUGCACAGUGGUGUUACUGAUAUCCACAUUGUGUGUGAAGAUGACGCCAUUUUCAGUGUAUUUGCCAAAGAAUUGGAAGAAUUUUCUUUGCCACAUGAACAAAAAAAACAUUUUGUGACCAGACAGAAGCUUUACAAAGAUAACGAAGCAGUAGCAAAUGAAAACACCGAGACAAGUGGCAAUGGAUGCAUAGAACACGAAUCCUCUACGCCGAAGGAGAUACCUUGUCAAGGUGCCACUUUUCCGAGUAGUUCUAGAUCAGAUUCAGUGCCAGAGAAAGAAAUUGAAACAACCCACAUGGUUUCACCCAAAGAGAAAAUUCUCACAUCUUCAUUCGCGAUUAAACCAAUUGAAGGGCUAGCCGCUGUGGAUAAUGAAAUGACGACGAUUGAAGUAGAUGAUUCGUCUCAGCCAGAGGAAGCUCGAGCGUUCGAAAUACUGGGAGCAAUGUCUGGAAGACGCUUGGUUCAACUUUUUGAAGAUGUCUCAAAAAGUAUUUCUGGUGGAAAGAGUUUAAAGAGGGAAAUGGGAGAGGAAAUCCAGAGGGAUGAAUUUGAAUUAAAGGUCAAUGUAAGCCAUGAUUUUGGAAAGAAACAUUCGCUGCAACUCCAACAGUCUACGGCUGUCGACCCGUUACGUGGACAAGAAGAACUAGGACAACACCACAGUCAGCGCAACAGAAGACAAAAACUACCUGCAUUAUCAAUGGGCAAAAACACAAUAAUUCGAAAGAGUUCAAACUCGUCUUCUCUUCAUAAUGAUGGCAGAGUAUUAGAGGGUUUCAUGUCGCCCACUAUUGAGGCCCUUAUGAAUGCCGAUCUUCACCUGGGUGACCAAGGAUUAACACUUUUACAUGACGAUGAGGAGAAUGCAACGAAAACAGAAGACCAGGAGAAACACGAAAAAAGCUAUUUGCCUGAUUUACACGACGAAAAUUAUUCAUCUGCACGAAGCAUUCCGCGCUCAAAUGACGUUCAAAACAAUGCCAAUAUGCCGCACAAUUCCAGAGGGAAAGACGAAAACAUCCUUGCAUCAAACAUGGGACUUGGAACUCCUGAUAUUUUGGAAACAACAGAUAAAAACAGUUCAUCAGUGGGGUCGAAAUACGACGAAAACGGUUCCCAAACGCUGCCUGAAAAAAAUGUUUCAGCAGAAACUGCAAAGGUGCAAAGCGCCCGCGUCCUUUGCGCUCUCUGUCAAAAAGCGGUGGAUCAAAUAACCCCCCAAAAUUCAAACACUUGUGAAGAGCACAAGUUCUGCGAAGACUGUACCCAGAGAGCUUUCUCAUUUAGUGAUGACUAUCCCGCUUGCACGGAUGCACAUGGCUUCAUAAAUCCCAAAAGAGUUGACAUUACAACGCAAAGACGUAGAUCUAACCUUGAUACUCAAGACACUCAUCCUUCCACAUCCAACUCAAUCCCACUCGUGGAACAUCUCAAUAGCGCCUACAAAUCAGUCAGCCCCCAAGGCAACCAGCCCCCUGGGCAAAUCAUGUGGAAAAAGUAUGCGGAAGGUCUUCCUGGUUUCGAAGAUUAUGGCACAUUUGUUGUAACUUUCACUUUUUAUGGUGGACUUCAAAGCCCGGAACACCCAAACCCAGGCAGAUCAUACAAGGGCAUAUCAUGCGUGGCCUACUUUCCUGACACACAGGAGGGGAAGCAACUUCUGAAAUUACUUCGAAAAGCUUUUGACGCUCGAUUAGUUUUUACUGUUUCACAAACUGCUGCUAACGAGUCCGGUCAGGUGGUGCUGGAUGGAUUGGAAUUGAAAACUACAGCUGAAAGUUAUUUGAGAAAUGGUCAGCCAGACAUGGACUAUUUUGCAAGACUUAAAGGACAGUUGGAAGCUAAAGGAAUUUGGUGAAAGAAACUACUGUUUUGCGAAACUGUGACUGAACUGAUAUUAAAUGUGUUAUCUUGUGUACUACUUUAUAAAUGUUGAGGAUUAUUUUAAAAAGUUUUUCUUUGAUUUCCCGAUUUUCAAUUCUGAGUUAGAGAGGGCACAAAAUCUAAGGUCAUUGAAUGAGUAAGAAAAGUAAAGUACCAUAAUCAGAAAAAAACAUAUUUAAAUCUCUCAGUUAAAUACUUCAUUCGCUGAAAAAAUCUAAGAAUAUAAUGACAAUGCAUGGUCGACCAAAACAAAAUUAUUUAGUUUUUUUGCAUCCAUUCUGUUACUGUCGGCUUCAGCUCGUUGGUUCUUUUGAGCAUUUUUAGAAUGUAUCAUUAAGUAACAUUAACCAAGAGGGCACAAUGUCCAGUUCAACGCAAUUUGUAAAAACGGUUAUGUAAUUAAAAGGAAGUAAAGAGAAAGAAGAAAAUUUGAACUAUGCUAAUAAUGAAGUAUAUUAGGGUUGGGCAGGAGAGCCUAUUAAUCUUCCACAUAGUAAGAAUAUUGCCUUGUAUGCUAUUCUGGGUUAGUUGAGCGUAAAAGUCUAAAAUAACCCAGGUCUCUCUAGGGUCAUUUUAGGCUUCUUUAUAGAAAACAACAUAACAAGGCUGCAAAAAUUGGGGCCAAAUCCAAUGAAAAGGUAAGAUUAAUGGGUUUUAUGGAUCAUAGGGUUGAUAUCAAUGCUGAAAAGGCCUAAGUUUUAUACAAUUGACUAAGUGCAUCCGUGCCGACUUUUAAUAAACUCAAAUUAAACUUGA